AUGCCUGAAAAUAAUAACGUUCGUUUCCUCAUGCGAGGAGUAAAGGAACAGCUGUUCGGUGGAUUCCUCAAUGCCGUCCAGGAAUUCAUCACAGAAGCCACGACCAUCGAGAAGAAGCUAGAAAUGUGGACCCGCCAGUACAACCGCCACUUGAUCCAAGACAGCGCAGUGGUGCAAGCCAUCGACUCAGGCUCCCAAAAGAAGGUGGUGUACAACCUGUCCUCGUACCAGCCCGACGGCCCCGAGAUGGCAGUCCUGAACCUCGGUCUCAACUUCAAUAUGGGUCCCGCAACAGACACGAAGAAGUUGGAGCGUGAUGCCGUCAAGAGGCUACGUGAGAAUCAUGACAUUGUGAUACUUCCUGAAGACAAGGGUAACGCUACGGUCCUUCUCGACAAAAGCAAGUACAUCGAAAAAAUGCACUUGCUUCUGAGUGAUAAACAAACAUACGCCUCGGCUGCAAGAGACCCUACACCUAAGCUACAAAGGGACUUGCAAAAACUUCUGUCCGACAUCUUCCGCAUGGUAACGCCUCAACACAAGCAGCUGUAUUAUAAAUUGCUUUGCCACAAUGGAUCAGCUCCAGCUAUAUACGGCCUACCGAAGGUACACAAGACCGAUAUCUCCCUGCGGCCUAUAGUGGACUUCACUCGCUCCCCGCUCUACAGGCUGUCAGGUUUUCUUCAUAGGGUCAUCUCGCCCCUGGUAGGCAAAGGUGCUUCCUAUAUACGCAACACGUAUGACUUCAUCGAAAAGGUCAAAGACACAAUAGUCGAUCCGGACGAAGUCUUGGUUUCCUUCGACGUUGUGUCACUUUUCACGAGUGUACCCAUAGACAUGGCCAUGGAUGUGUGCGUUGCCGCCCUCGACAAGGACCCGACAUUGCCUGAGCGAUCUCCCCUCGAAGUGCACGACCUAGGCAGGCUACUCAAGUUUUGCCUGUCGAACACCUACUUCACCUUUCAGAAGAAGUAUUACCGGCAGUUACACGGUGCGGCGAUGGGGGCGUCGAUUUCGCGGCAGAACCUCGACCUAUUCACGGUUCACCUCAACAGUAUGCAUCCAGCAAUUCAGUUCACAGUAGAAGCGGAGUCUGAGGGCCAGCUACCGUUCUUGGACGCCCUGGUGAAACGCGAUGGCUCAGGCUUGUCGUUCAAGGUGUUUAGGAAGCCCACUCACACUGGCCGCUACCUCAACUACAGAUCGGUGCACCCGGCUUCGCAAAAGAGGUCCGUUGUCGGCUCUCUUCUUCGUCGGGCGGAAAGGGUAUGCACGACAGGGGAAGACCGUGCGGGUGACAAUGCACUGGUGCGGCAGGAGCCGAUGGCGUGUGGUUACCCUGAGUACCUAAUUGACUCAGUAGGGCGCCAGUUGGCUCGUGCAGUGCCCGCCCAAUCUGGACCCACACAGAAACGGGCCGCAAUUCCGUACGUUCCGGGAGUAAGCGAGCCCCUUGCACGAGUUCUGCGGUCUUAUGACGUGCAGGCUGCGCACGUCCCGUCCAGGAAGCUCCGGCACGAACUCGUACGUGUGAAGGACCCUCUUGAAAAGGAAAGGUACCCGGGUGUUGUACUGCUGCCUGGCGAGACAGCCCAGUCGUCCAUGCCUGCUGCGGAACCUGUGGAACUGGCCGGCAAACUUGUGUCCAGGCGCUAA